AUCCAACUCAUUCAAAGGCAUAAACCCAACUCAUUCUGUUAUCGGUUUCUGAUCAACCAUGAAACACCCCAUUCUGUUGCUUGGAGUUCUGAUUGUAGCAUACUUUUGUGGUUCUCAAGCUGAAACUGCCUUCUCACAGUACUGGGAAGAGCAUAUUGGUCUUCCACUACCUCCACAUUGGUUAACUACAAAGGCUUCUCCAUUAAGCCUCCAUCAAGUGGCAAUGUUUAUGAAACUUAUAGAGAAAAAUGAAUUAUCUUUCCACCUGCAUUCAUUCUGUAAGCAGGCUAAUGUUGCUUGUUCUACGAAUACAUCUGUGAAUAAAACAACAGAAGAGACAACCCUGCCACAAAUACCCCAGUGGAAUAUUGCCAUAAUAGUUUAUGAACCCUCUCCAAAAGACACACCCCUAUUGGUUUCCGGCGAAGAGGGAUUGCCAUUUUUCCGGGAGUCAAUGGUGAAAGAGGGAAGUUUCAUGUCUAUCCCCGAUCUAAGAGACCCAAUGUCAUAUAUUUCAUUCUUACCCCGACCUCUGGCAUCAAAAAUCCCAUUUUCCUUUGCCCAAAUUGAAGAAUUAAAGAAGCUUUUUGAUGUGGUAGAUGAAUCAAACAUGGAUGAGUAUAUUCAAGACACCCUAGAGACAUGUGAAAAGGGCAGCAAGUACAGCAUCUGUGUGACUUCUGCCGAGGAUCUCAUCGAUUUUGUUGUCGAAAAAUUAGGGCGUCAUGUACAUAUAUGGAGUACUGAAAGUGUUGAAGGAUCUUGUGAGAAUGUCACAAUUGGAGCUGUGAAACUUUUAUAUGGAAACCUCUCUGAACCACCAGCCUUAUGUCAUAGUCAGCCAUUCCCAUUUCAGGUCUAUUAUUGCCAUGUUUUACAGAAAGUAAAAGUAUAUGCAGUUGAUAUACAUGCUAGGAAGAAAGUGAAUCAUGCAGUCAUGGCAUGCCACUAUGACACAUCAACUUGGAAUCCAAAUCAUCAAGCUUUUAAGCUAUUGGGUUUUGGCCCUGGACAAAUUGAAGUCUGUCAUUGGAUAAACAAGAAUGGAAUGAUCUGGACAAGAACACUAGGUUGAGCAGCAUUUGAAAAUAGGAUUAUCUUUCAGUUCUCUUAUUUGUCCUAUAUGUUACCCCUUCUUCUUCUUCCUCCAUUUUCUUUCCUUUUAAGUGUUAUAUGUUACUUCUUAUGCUAUUUAGAGAAUAAAUAAUGGCCUGUUUUGGCUUUGCUUA